AUUAUAGAACGCUCCAUCUAUGAAUGAACCGGAAUUGCGUCACUUACUGUCUCGCUCGAUUUGUUUAUAUCAGCCACUGUAGAGUUCACGUGGAUUAAAGUCAGGCUGAGCAUGUCACUGAGAUACUCUCCGAAUGUCUUACUGAGACUCUGUGGUGGGACUUUAAAGACCUGCUCGUGUUCGAGUACCACCAGGAGACAAUACAGCACCCACAGAGAAAGACCUCAGAGUCAGAGGAGGGUUGUCAUCACAGGCAUCGGCCUCGUUUCACCCCUCGGAACAGGAAGUGCUCUUCCUUGGCAGCGUCUGAUUGGUGGAGAGAGCGGUUUAGUUGCUCUGGAUGCAGAUGAAUAUAAAACAGUGCCAUGCAAGGUGGCAGCUAGUGUGCCCAGAGGAGAUAAAGAUGGAGACUUUAAAGAGGACACGUUUGUAUCCAAAGGGGAGAUCAACAGUAUGUCACCAGCCACAGUUAUGGCUGUAGGUGCCGCCCAGCUGGCCCUAGAGGAUUGUGGGUGGUAUCCCAACAGCCUUGAGGAGCAGCUUAGCACCGGUGUGGCGGUGGGCAUGGGCAUGGUUUCUCUGGAGGAGAUCGCGCGAACGGCGGCUGCAUUUCAAACACGUGGCUACAACAAGAUCAGUCCGUUCUUUGUACCUCGCAUCCUGGUCAACAUGGCCGCCGGCCACAUAAGCAUCAGACACAAACUGAAGGGUCCCAAUCACGCCGUUUCAACUGCAUGCACCACAGGGGCGCACGCUAUUGGUGACGCUGCCCGUUUUAUCGCUCACGGUGAUGCUGUGGUGAUGCUCGCCGGCGGCACGGAGGCCUGCGUCAGCCCGCUUUCUAUAGCCGGGUUCUCUCGUGCUCGGGCCCUCAGCACCAGCUGGAACAAGGAACCCAGACUGGCUUCUCGUCCAUUUCAUCCAGAGAGAGAUGGGUUUGUGAUGGGUGAGGGGGCAGCAGUGCUUGUUCUAGAGGAGUAUGGGCACGCCCAUCAGAGAGGUGCUCGGGUUUAUGCAGAGGUGCUGGGCUACGGGCUCUCUGGAGAUGCCAGUCACAUCACAGCACCAACCGCAGAUGGAGACGGAGCCUUUAGGUGUAUGGCCGCUGCGAUUCGUGACGCUGGAGUAUUUCCCUCAGACGUAACGUACGUCAAUGCACACGCAACCUCCACACCGCUAGGAGAUGCCGCCGAGAACACGGCCAUUAAAAGAUUGUUUCAGCAGCAUGCACAUUCACUGGCUGUGUCCUCUACUAAAGGUGCCACAGGUCAUCUACUGGGAGCCGCAGGUGCGCUGGAGGCAGCGUUCACGGCGCUGGCGUGUUACCAUGGCACCCUGCCUCCAACUCUGAAUCUGGACCGAACAGACCCAGAGUUUGACUUGAAUUAUGUGCCUUGCACAGCACAAUCCUGGAACACCAGUGGACAGAGAAUAGCUUUAACAAACUCAUUUGGGUUCGGAGGAACAAACGCAGCACUGUGUCUUGCAAGUGUGUGAAAUGUUAUUGGGGCUGAUAAACAUUUGGUUACACUGAUAUCUUUGCAUCAAAUCUUCUGUUAGAUCAGUAAUGUAACAUAGAUCAUCAUCAUAUAGUGUUUAUUAUUAUUGAGUUAUCACUGAAUGCAUUGGAAAAUCAAGACUGCAUGCUGAAUGAAGGACAUUUGUCUCAUGGUCUUGCCGUUUUAUAUGUAAUUCAGUGUCCAUUUAUCAUCUUAAUAAUAAUAAUAAUUAAUAACUGGUUACUGAUAACAAUGUCCAAAAUGGUUCUUGUACUGUAUGUAUGUAUGUGUGUAUGCAUGUAUGUAUGUACAGUGGUGUGAAAAGUGUUGGCCCCCUCCUUUUUUUUCUUUUUUUUUUGCAUGUUUGCCACACUUUAAUGUUUCAGAUUCACAAGUAAGCACAAGUAAACACAACAUGCAGUUUUUAAGCAAAGGUUUUUAUUAUGAAGAGAAAACAAAAUCCAAACACACAUGGCCUUGUGUGAAAAAGUGCUUUGAUUAAUAUUUAAAUUUGAUUCAUGAUCUGAAACAUUUAAGUGUGACAAACAUGCUAUGAAAUAAAAAAAAAUCGUAUGUAUGUGUAUGUAUGUUAUAUGUAUGUUGUAUGUAUGUAUGUUCAGUACACACUUAGAAAUGUAGCAUGCUGCCAACAGCAUACAUAUUGCAUACUAAAAAGAGUAUGAUUAUGUCAGUAUUUUGUAUUAAAUUUAUAUUUUUAUAGUUUUAAAAAAAUAAGCGAAAUGUCGUAUUACUUAUAAAAAUAAAUGUAUUUACUACAGA